AUGGCCGAAAAUCCAAUCACAUCAAUCGUGCGAUUGGACACCAUGGAAAAACGACGACUUUGGGAAUGUGAAUUUACUCAACGUUAUAUCACUUCCCAGGUAAUUAACGCUCACGGUACUGCAACAGAAUUUCAAAAGGUAGUGAGAAAUGUUCAACAUAAACUCGAAAGGGAGAUCAAUGAAACUUUAGGUGACAAAGACUGUCAUGACAACUUUUACCCUAGAAUUUGGAGACGGACUACUGAAGCAAGCUUUGAAAAUUUGCGGGCAUAUUGCGCAAGAUAUCAAAAUUUUGCCAUAGAAUUUCCGAUUUUAUCGUUAUUCUUUGAAUAUGAAGAACGACUAUCAUUAUUAAAAAAUCUUUUGCCAAUCGUAAAAUUCGUACGAAUACUUUCUUCAAAGUUAAGUUUUCGCUUAAAAAGGGAGGACACUCUUCAUUUCACUUUCAAUAGAUUCCUCGAUAACGAAGGUCCAUCUACAAGGAAUUUCAAAAAAGAUUUUGAGAAUUUUUCCAAUGCCUGGAAUUUAAUUAGGCCUCACAUUACACGAUACAAAUGUCAAGAGUUUAUAAAGUCAAUGCCUGAAAUGAACGGAAAUAUUUCUGUGUCCUAUGCAUUAGUCGAGCAAGAAAAUGAGUCGUUGUACAUAUGUGGAGCGAUUGAGUAUCUGGUGAAUUUGCAAAAUCUAUUUUUGCAACGAGUUUCAACCAUCAAGCCCUGUCGAUAUAAAAUAAAAUCAUUAUCUCUUUCCGAGGCACGCGAUGAUAAUAUUAUAAAUUAUGAAUGGAAUCCUCAAUUACUUUCCCAUAGCCGACACGAUCUUAGGCUUGGUCACGGACAUAGGAUUCAAUAUGAAUUGUGUAAAAUUGAAACAGAAUUGGCGCAUUCCUUGAUUUUCAACAAAGUUUAUUUAAAUGAGGGUCACAAAUCAUUCUGGUUAGACACAUUCACCUAUCACCUAGAACUAUUUUCAAACUAUCCAACAAUUCUGAGCGAAAUUAGAGAAUUGAUUCCUCAAGAAGUGAUCUCUGCUGACAAACUUGAGAUUUCACUCACCGAAAAUCCAACUGAACUCUUAUCGGAACUCGAGAUAUUACUUUGUUUUUUGAAACAAACUUCGGGGGAUCGAGAGAUGAAAAUUAUUGAUUACCUCAGUAAAUGGAUGAAGCUAUCAGCAUUAACCGGAAACGAUCAGUUCUGCAAAAUGGUCAAAGGAUUACGACUAAAACACGUGAUAUCAUUAUAUGAGGUGGUGGAAGGAGAGGUGGCAGAAUUAGAAAUUGAAUCCCUUGACGAAAAAUAUAAAGACAAUCUAUCAAAACUGUUACAAGAUGAAAUAAUGGCUGGAGUGGAUUUUGAACGGUCACAUGGUGUUGGUAGAAACCGUAUCAGAAAACUAGGGAUUCCACACGAAGCAUUUGCAACCGCGUUGAAAAGGUUCAUGUUUCGUCAUUUGCUGUUCGAAAGGUUUUCUGAAAAGGAUAAACUUGCCGACUAUUUAGCUGAGGAAACUAUUAUCGAUUGCUGGCAAGCUUGA